AUGUCUAAUAACAGCUCUUUGGUUGGUGGUGAGGUCAUUCUGCUGCAUUAUAGGGAGAUAACCAUUGUUGUGCAGGUUUUAUUUGUGAUAUUUCUUUGCAUCAACUCUUUGCUCAUCAUAACUUUUUUCAGAAAGGAGUGCUUCUACACAACUACACGCUACAUCUUAUUUGCUGUUACACUUCUGUCUGAUAGUUUGAUGUUAGUCAUGUCUGAUAUCCUCCUCAUCUUGGCCCAGUUUGGAUUUGCCAUGCAAGUUUGGAUGUGUGUCAUUAUCUCUGUUGUGGUAUUUGUGUAUAAUAUAGUUACACCAGUUACUCUGACAGCAAUGACCCUGGAGCGAUAUGUGGCCAUCUGCAUGCCCCUGCGUCAUUCACAGUUGUGCUCCACACGCAGCACUAUGCAUUGCAUCCUCAUCAUUCACGGCCUCAGCUCUGUGCCCUGCAUUGUUGUUCUCUCCACCUUCUUUGCAUCAGCCUCUUUUAGUUUGUACAAACAAUACAGGUUAUGUGCCAUCAAAUUGUUCAUGUUGUAUAGAUGGCAGGAUCAUGUUAUCUCAGCCGUACAAGAGUUUUACUUCUUGGUCAUGGUUAUCAUUAUUUUAUUUUCUUAUGUUAAAAUCAUGAAAGUGGCCAAAGCUGCAUCAGGAGAGGAUAAAAAGUCGUCAUGGAAAGGGCUCAGAACAGUAAUUCUUCAUGGUUUCCAGCUGCUGCUCUGUCUUAUCCAGCUGUGGAGUCCAUUCAUAGAAAGCACUCUCCUUCACUUUGAUUUAAUGUUAUUUGCUUAUGUCAGGGUCUCUAACUUAAUAUUAUUUGGUCUUACUCCUAGAUGUCUGAGUCCUCUCAUUUAUGGCCUCAGAGAUGAAACAUUUUCUCAAGCACUGAAAAACUCCUUUGGCUCAUAUAAAAGAAAUAUUUGACAAUGUUGAUUAUUUGAUUGCUGUAGAUUACUGAAUAUGUCUGCACUUUACUUUUACAUAUUAGUAUUGUAUGAAUGUUUUGUUUGUUUUUUCUCUAGGUUAUUAUUAUAAACUUUGCUGUAAUUCUUGUUAUUCAAGUGACAGUUCAACUUGCAUCAUUCUUAAUCAUUAUUGUGCAUUUUCUGCCAUCUGUUUGAGUUUUAUGCAAUAUUGAUGGUAGUUUUAAUUGUAAUUCUGAUUUUAGAUCUUCCAAGCACCCAAGCCUAGAUACAGAUAUAGCAUACUGUAUGUACAAUAAACAACUGCUAUGCCUCAUUUGUUUUCAGUGCUGUUUAUAUUAAUGCUGUAAAGUUUUAUCAGCAUUAUAGAUACUUAACAAACGAUGACUCAAAUGUACAUCACCACAUCCCUCUAACCAUUUUGGAAGACAAAGUACAAUGUACACUACGC